AUGACUACAGGAGAAUACGAGUUCUUCAAGGAGGCCAAGAAGUGGGCGGCCUUAGAAAAACAGCAAACAACCGCCUCCCGACCAAAAAAGCUACCUGAGUGGUUUGAUGAACUACCGCAUGGGUCCAUCACCUGCUUCUCCGAUUUUAAGAUUGCUUUCCUGCGCCAUUUCGCCAGCAGUAGGAAGUACCAGAAAACCGACCACUGCUUGUUCGUUCUCAAGCAAGGGUCUGCUGAGCCAUUAAGAAGCUACAUCAAGCAUUUCAAUCAAGUGGCCCAGGGCGUUCCCUCGGCCACAUCUGAAAUACUUAUGAGCGUCUUCUCCCAUGAGUUGACUGAUGGAGAAUUCUUUAAGGAUCUCAUCAGAAAUCCCGUAAGGAACUUCGACGAGAUGCUGGAGAAGGUGGCCAGCUACAUAAAUGUGGAGGAAGUGCAGGCGGCGUGA